UAUAGAUGACGGGUUACGCCCAACUUUGUAGCUACUGUAUUAUUUGUUAAUAAUAUUUGAAUCAAAAUGAAUAUCGCAUAGUAAUCCGACCUCUAGGUUUUAGUGAAUGGUAUACUUAUUAGAUUCCCUAACACUGAUAGGGUAUGGGCAAUGAGACCUACAAAGCUAUAAAUCCAAUUAUCUCUAAAGUGGGAGAUUUCACACCAUUCUAUAUAUCAAUUGCAAUCUGCUCUGUUCUAUUUGGUUUGCUUAUAAUACUCAAUGUUGUGUGCUGUUGCUCCAGAUACUCCGACUAUUGGCUAGACAGACAUACAGGCAACCGCUGGAUCGUGUCUAUAUGGUCAGCAACACCCCACAAGCAGCCGCCUCUAGACUUCACUGAACUGGAGAGACAGAACCAAUAUAUUCAGCCUAAAGAUAACGCAACAUAUCACGAUUUUCACAGACAAACACAAGGCCAAACCUCACUUUCACGGCAACCUUUAACUGCAUCACAAGAGUAUCUCGAGUUGCAAAAGAGAGAAAGUGAUAUAUAA